AUGAGUCGAAUUUUUAUUUUGGCAUUCGUUUUAUUUGCUACGCUUUUUGCGGUCAAUGCAGCACCACUUGCACUUGAAAAAAGGGAAAUUCUAUUUCUCCCAUGUCCCGGUUUGCCACCAGAUGUAGUAGGACUCGAUGUAACAGUGACACCUGUUCCUAUCGUUGCUGGAACAGAAGAAACGUUUGUCAUUAAAGGAACAAUGAAAAAAGACAUUGUCACUGGAGAUUUUCUUGGUAUUGCAUUCAUCGAUAUUAACGCGAAAAAACCAAUAGGAGAUCCCCUUGUUGUGGAUAUUUGUUCAUUACCUGGAGUUACUUGCCCAAUUAAAGCCGGAACUGCAUUUUCUACAACGCAGAAAUACACUGCACCAAAAGAAUUGCCUACAUCAUACGCUAUUGGAAUUGGAAUUGGACAUGGACAACCACCUAAUGUUGAACCAAUAGCCUGUGCAUUUACUCUUGUUGGUAUUGAUAGUGGAUCUGCAGAUUUUGAAGUUUGGGAUUUUUUAUAAAUGCUUUAUGUACUUAUUUUACAUGAAUCUUUAAUUAAUAAUAAGUAAAUUAAUUAGUUAAUUAAUUAACAAUAAUUUUAUUUUUAUUUUAUUUUAAAUUUUUUUUAAAUAAAUAAAUU